AUGUCAAUAAUCAAUAUCGAUGAAUUAUUAGUAUAUUAUGAACAUAUUUGGUCGAAUGCAAUCGUUUCUUAUCCUGAAAGACCGUUACGAUUAGUUGAUAUUAAACGUGUAGUUAACGAUGGUCAAUUGGUAUUUGUUCCAUCUCAAGAGGAUUUAAACUACUGUACAAUCUCUUACACUUGGUUAACAGCUAAACGAAACAAGAAUAGUCAAUACUUAUUAGAACAAGUAUCUCCAUUUACUGUUGAAGGUCUCAUUAGUGCCCUACAUGUAUGUCAUGAAUUAGGACAUGAAUAUCUAUGGAUUGAUGCUUUGUGUAUCGAUCAAAGAAGAACAAGUAAAGAAAAACAAAGAGAAAUUCCUAAUAUGGGAAAAUAUUAUCGAGGUGCAUCCGAAUGUGUUAUAUUUCCUGAUGGACUUCAUCUAAAUGCUGAUAUCUUACCUGAAAGCAAAUUACCCCGAUGGUUUUAUCGAUCAUGGACAUUACAAGAAUUUAUCUUAUCUCGUAAAAGGACUUUUAUUUUUAAUGCAAAUGCUCGGAUUGUUUUUGGAUAUAACACAGUGGGUGGACAGAUUACUGGACAUAUUAUCCACACACGAUUUGGUCAAUGCAUAAGCAUUGAUAGUUAUUUUUUGACAUGGUUAUUAACACUUGUACCUUCCAUACAGACUGGCCCAAUUCCUUUGAAAACUGAUGUAUCUCAAUGGAAAGAAAUCAAAAGAGAAUCACUUUUUAUGUUAGAAGUCGACUGUUCUCGAAAAAGUGAUAUUCUCCAAAGAGCCAUGUUUCGACAAUCGAAAUAUGAGGAAGAUAAAGUUUAUUCCAUCUUAAGUGUAUUCGAUCACGUAAAAAUCGAUGUCCAAUAUGGUAUUGGUUUACAAGAAGUCUUACGAAGAUUAGCAACAGUAGUGACAAAUGAAGAAUUAGCUUAUAUGCUCUUGACCAAUUGGUUUUCGACGAACCAUUCAGAUACAUCAUCUGCAGAUAUUUCGGCUUUACCCACUUUUGAAAGACAAACUUCUGGUUUUUGGUUUAAAAUGGGUGAAGUUUGUGCUCGUUGCAAAUAUAUUCGAUCUGAAGGCGUUCAUAUAUCAACUAAAAUAAUGCGUUGCCAACUGCGCAUAACAGGAAUUUGUACAAAUGAUUUGUACGGUGGACUUACUAUUACUUCAGAUUUGGACAUACAAGCUAUAGAACUAACCACAUCAGUUGGAAUAAUCGUAGCUUAUGGACGUUGUUUAUAUGAUGCAUCUGAUUUAAUAUUAGUUGUCAUUGGUGAAGUGCAGUCUAUUGACAGUAUUCUAACAGGGCCAGGUCACUUUCCUGAAACACCCUUCUAUUGCUUAAUAUGUGAAGAAAAAGAAAACAAAAAACUGCGCAAAGUUGGGAUGUGUAUAUGUGUGUUUGAUAAUAUCGACGAAAACCGAGCACUGAUUCAAUCCAAUGUUCUUCUUGGAUAA